CAGAGCUAUUCUCAUUAGAUCCCUCAUAUUUUGAGUUCCAUUCUCAAUGAAAGGGGAUACAUCUAUUUUCACGCUUUGUAUUAAGUUGGAGCGGUUUUGCAAAGCCGAUGCAUGCCAGUGAAGAUUGGGCUUUUCAGAGCCAGGAGUGGAGUCAGCAAUGCUUUCACUCAUGUAGUCACAUAAAUAACAUUGUGCCCAGGCAGCUAGUUCGAACCAGUCUUUUGUAGCGCCAGCAAAGCCUGAUAACACCCUGGGAAAGUGCCAAUCUCCUCAUCUGUAAGGAGCCCGAAAACACAGAACGAAUAGCUAUUGCUGAGGAAGGAAAUCCACUGGCUAGGCAUUGGCAGUGCUAGAUUUACAAAACACUGCACAAGUGUUGAUAUACAAUGGCUAUGACAGAUCGAAAAAGCUUUCAUAUCAACACACCACUUAAUGAGAGUCUCUCGCUCUCUAAGGUGGCAGGGACAACAGUUUACAUCAAACUUGACAAUGUGCAGCCAACUGGCUCCUUUAAGAUAAGAGGAAUUGGGCAUUUCUGUAUAAAGGCUGCGGAGAAAGGCUGCAAACAUUUUGUAUGCUCUUCAGGAGGGAACGCCGGCCUAGCUGCUGCCUUUGCUGCUCAGAAGCUUCAGAUUCCUGCCACCAUUCUGGUUCCCAGUAGCACACCAGCAUUUACUGUUCAGAAAUUGAAAGAUCACGGAGCCUUUGUGGAAGUCGUUGGUAAGGUUUGGGACGAUGCUAACAAGAAAGCAUUAAAACUAUCUGAAAAUGACGGCUGGGUCUACGUUUCACCUUUCAACCAUCCGCUGGUUUGGGAAGGAAAUGCUACUGUUGUGGAAGAGCUUUCGGAGUCACUACAUAGCAAACCUGGGGCUAUUAUCUUGUCGGUUGGAGGUGGUGGUCUUCUCUGUGGAGUGGUUGAAGGGCUAAAGAAAGUGGGCUGGUGUGAUGUGCCUGUAAUUGCCAUGGAGACUAAAGGUGCAGAAAGUCUGAAUGCAGCUGUGAAGGCUGGGAAAUUGGUCACCCUCUCUGAUAUCACAAGUAUAGCUAUAACUCUAGGAGCUAAAACUGUGUGUGAGAAGGCACUUCAGAAUGCACAGGAACAUAAUAUUUUCUCUGAGGUAAUCAGUGACCAGGAAGCUGUGCAAGCAGUGGAGAGAUUUCUAGAUGAUGAAAGGUUUUUGGUUGAGCCAGCCUGUGGUGCAUCGCUCGCUGCCAUUUACACUGGAACAAUCCAGCAACUGCAGAAAGAAGGACGGUUGGCCCAGGAUCUACAGUCAAUAGUAGUCAUUGUCUGUGGUGGGAGCAGCAUUACAAUGGCACAGCUCAAAGAAUAUAAAAUACUACUUGCAAAAAGCUAAACACAAUUUUUUUUUUCUGAAUUUAACCCUUCUCUUAUAAACUCUCUUUGUCUGCCAGACAGUAAUCAUGUGAAAUGAUAUGACUGGAACUACUGGGGAGUGCUGGGUCCCUGGUGAAUGGAAUGGAUGUGGCAAGGUUGCCAUUUCUUUCUUUUCUCAUCGACAUUUGUGACCUUUUCAAUACUCCCCUCCACUUUAACAAUUACUUGCCCUGAUUGUAUUCUCUUCAACAUCAGUAUUCAGUCUCUCUAUACUUCCUCCUUCACCUUAAAUGAAACCCAACCAGUCUCCAUCCACUCCCACCCAAGCCCAAUAGGCUCAACUUGUUCUUGCAAUGAUUAACUUGCUCUUUGCCACAACUCACUUUCUCCAGGUAAUACAUGGCACUGGAGGAACCCCUAUAAGUCCUGGCUUUAAUUCUGACAUGGAUGCCCACCCCUUGGAUUGAAUGGUUUUCAUUAGAGGGUAAUUAUUAAUUAGUCUCACUGUAGUGGGUGUGGAGCCUCAUUUAGGCCAGACCAGGAAUGGACAGCACACAUUUCCUUCCCUGAAGGAUAUUAGUGAAUAAGAUAGGUUUUUAUGACAAUUGGUGAUAGUUUCAGAAAUGAUCAUCACAAAACUAACUUUCAAUUCCAAAUUUUAUUUAUUGAACUUACAUUACGCCAGGGGCGUGGGAGCCAGUGAUUACAUGCCUCUUGAGAAUUAAUCUGACUGUCUGGAUUAAGAGUCCAGAAACACUCUCACUAUAUUGUCAUCUCACCUUUGUGGUGUGUGUGGCAAGUCCUGUAUUCCAGUCCUAUUUCUUCUCUUCUUUUUCUGUACUUUGACUUAGCAGUGCUAUUUUCUGCUCUUAAACUGAAACAGAAAGUUUAAUUGACUUUACUUCCAAUUUCUGCAUUUCCUUUAACUUCCAAUGGUCUAUCCGGCUCUU